UCAUAUCUCAGCCAGCGAGCUGCGUAUCUCCACAUAAGCGUUCUGCGACUGCCUCCGCAGCUCGCUCUGCGACAGACGCGCAGCGGGCCGAGGCUCGUCACCCACGAGAGACCUGGGCGAGUCCUCAUCCAUGUCGGUCAGGUUGUCCCCGACCUUGCCCUCCUCGUGCUGUCUCUGGUCGCCUUCAUGGGUGGUCUCGGUCAACUGGUUCUUGCCUCUUCGUCUCCUUCUUUGUCUGAUGGCGAAUGGGAACUCCACUAGCGAGGGGACGAGCAGGAUGAUGGGAUCCAGCAUGGGGGUGUAUUUGGUGAAGAUCAGGAUGGCCGUCACGCCGAGGAUCUGCAGGCCCGGGAUGAUCAGCAGCCUGCGCAUUUGAAGGCGGACACACACGAGAAGGGUGAGACUCGUGUCUCGGGUGAGCCAUUUUGCUGAGUGUUUGCGGCCGCCUGACCUGUAUGAAAGUCCGAGUGACGACGCCCAGAUCCACUUGCCCACCAACGUGGGCUUCUCGCCCUGCAAACAUUCAUCCAUCCAUGCAGUCCCAUUGUGUCUCUCUGUUUUUGUGUGUGUCUCCUGCAUGUAUGCUGACCAUAACAAAGAUGAGCAGCCAGGUGACGGCCCCGAGGUUGGACAGCGUCCAGGUCACCCACCCCGCGAUAUCCAUGGCGUCCCACGCCUGCAUCUGGAACUUCUUUUCACCGGGCAGCAGGUCGUCCUCUAUCACAAACUUGGUGAAGAGCGCGUACAGAACCACCGGAAAAAUGAGUGACAGCACGAGGGCCCACAGGCUGACGAACACCGACGGGAGCCCCGGCAUGUAUGGAAUGGAGGGGGACGAGCAGAGGUCGGUCAGGUGGGCUAGGGGGGAGAAUACGUCGUCGACAUGGGCUGCGAGGGCACACUUGUGGUGGAAGAAGAGGGACGCAUACAGGAGGAUGCCGAUCAGGGAGGCCUCCAGCACGGCGAACCGCUGCGAACGGGUGAUGAAGGGAUUGUAUGCCAGCCUUCAAUGGAGGAAUGCAAGGGACAGCAGCGGCAUUGUCCGUGUCUCCCUUCCUCACUCUGUGUGUCUCAAGGGUGCUUACACUUUCAGCAGUGGGUGGUCUCGUCUCACAACACGGCUGAAGAUCCUCAUGUUGGGCCACCGCUGGUACUUCAGCCGGCCCGCAAUCGCCUUGGCCUGACCAUAUCAAUGGGGACAUUACUGAGCGUUCAUUCAGCGUGUCCGCCUGACUCUUCAACCUGCAUGGUCUGCGCCACGAAUGUGUCGCUUCUCGGCGGUCCGUCUGUGGUGGAUGUGGCUGAUCGCUGUGUGAUGUCUCCCGUGUUGGUGGAAUCCAUCUCCAUCGUGGCCAGCCGGGGCACGUCCUUGUCGUCCGUGAGAGCCUGCUCGAUCGCCUUCUUCAGAUGGCCAACCACACGAGCGAAGCCAUCGGCAGAGAGGCCAUCCAGGAAUGUUAUCUGACAGACAGAGACACGGGUGUCAGAUGCGUGAGAGAGUGUGUGAGGUGAAACAGGGCUGGACUCACUUUCACGUCGUCGCCGUCUUUGAAUUUGAGAUACACCGACGACAGGCCGCUGCUCUCGCCCUUCUCGAUGCGCACGUCCUCGACAUCUUCCAGGAAGUGGCCGUGGAUAAGGCGCUUGCCUGCAUCCUCCUCAGCCGUCGGCUCUUCGCCAGGGACCAUCUCUGAGACAUCCACCUUCUCGGUGUUCAACACCUGCGCGCAAACGCAACAUCAUGCUUCCGUCCCUAUGAGUGCGUGCGGUGUGUGCGUGUGUGUGUGUGUGUGUGCGUCUCAGCAGUGUCUCAGCACGCACCAGCCCGUCGUGGGUCCACCAGAGGUGUGCUGGCUUGUUGUUGACCAGACCUGAAGGCAGCAGGAAGGAUAUCGGUGCAGGAGCGUGUAGGCAUGAUCGCUUACAGAAGCAUGCUGAGCUCGGGAUCGGCCCCUCAUAAGUGAACCAGCUGGUCUGCUGCUCUGGCGGCCUCUCCUUCUCAUUCCCCCCACUCUCGGCCAGCAGCUGCUUCCACACCUUCAUCGCACUCUUGCGCGCCGUCUUGGCCGAGUACAGGAAGCGUUCCAGCACUGUCAUGCCGCUGGGAACGGUCUGCACGUGCUCGUCCUUCUUGACGUGAGGUGGGGCUAGGUCGAAAAAGUCAUAUAAUUUCGGCCAGAUGGGGAUCUUGGACGACUUGCGUCUUCCGGCGUCUGUCUCUGCGUUGUCCUCUGUGUCUGUGGGCUGGGCCUGCUGAGCGAGGAAGUCCAGGUUCUGCUCCAUGUUGGUGGGUCUCAGCUUCAGCAGCAGUGUGCGCUUCUGGGUGACUUCGUCUCUUCCGUAGAUGGCCAGAACGGGCGGUGCGGACAUCUUCCGUGAUGGCGGCCCCACCGCCUCCUCGUCUUUGUCUUCGUUGCCCUCAGUGAUGCCCCCGAUCUGCUCCUGCAGGAUCAUGUCGAUGGUGUCGAUGUCGAUCACUUUCAGGGGCCCGCUCCAGUCCACCCAGCCACGCCACUGAUAGAGACACAUCCAACCGUCGGCGUCUCUCGUGUACGUAGUCAUGUAUGUAUCUGUGUGUGCAAGGCCGACCUUUCUCUCUCUGAAGUGUGAUGCGGGGUGCAGGCAGAGGUCGCGGCCACUUGCCGACACCCACAUGUAGAAGGCCUCCGACCGCUGAAACUCCGCCAGUGAGUCGACCGGGAUCUCACUCGCGUCCGACUCACGCACGUGGCGAGCAGCGAUUGCCCGGAGGUCGACGUCUUUCAGAUCUUCCUCCAGGCCUUCAAUCACCUCUACGCUCACAGCCGCCGGGGGCGGGAUGGAUGUCUCCUCCUCGAUGAGCUUCUGUAGCCUUACGUGCUCCUUCUCCUGUGCAUUCUCCGUCUGGCUCUGCUCCCGUCUCUGGUAGUCGGUCUUGGCUAGGUCGAUCUGGGCCUGUGUGAGGAGCAUGUCGAGCUGUUCGAGACGCUCCUGCUCUUUCUGCUGCUUCGUCAUGAGGAACCUUUGCCGUCUCGUGCCGUCGUGCACCCGCUGCAGCCGAUUCGUGAUCUUGCCAUACUUCUGCAUCUCGAUCUCUUUCAGGACUAUCAGCUGAAAUGGCGUCACCGAGAGAUCGCCGUCUUUGUCCUCCAGCGAGACGGCAGACGACAUUCGGCUGUCGGUCACGCGAAGCUUCUCGCGCGCCUUUCUGUCGCGGCACGCACGGACGGCUGCGAGCGAUGAGGCCAGUUGCUUCUGCAUGUUGGUGAAGCGGUGCAUGAAGACGCUCUUCUUGCUCCGAGGGAAGCGGUGCAGCGUCACACCCCCCUCGGUCUUCUGGUCGCCGUCUUCCUGUAUGGGUUCGAGAGCGCUUCUGGUGUCGUCGAAGCUCAACAUCGAACGCAUUCUUUCCGUCUCCUCUGUCUGCCACCGCUGCAUGCUCGGUUUCAUCGACGCAGACCGCGCCACAGUCAUUGUCAGGUCCUGGUCGAUGAGCGAGGCCACAUCGGCCUCAUGGUGGGCCAGCAGCAGCCGAUCGUCGCCGCGCUUAUCCGGAGAGAUGUCAUCAUCCCACAUAUCCCACUGCCACGAGGCGUUUUCGUAGUCGUCCUCGAGAGGAUCCAUGUGUUUGGGAUGGCGGUAGUCGAAGACAGGCAUCUCCUUGGUAAGCUGCUGGCCCUCCAUGGCCUGUGUGGGCGACUGGGCGAUCUCUUUGCGCUGUGCGUGUCGGCAUCCCCUGGCCAGCCACUUGAGCAGACUCCAGAGGAGGAAGAGAGGCAGCAAGGGGAACAGAAUUGCUCGACGACGGCUCAGGUAGAUCGGACCGAGAGACACACAGCCCUGUUGGCGAGAGACACGAGACGAGAUGUCUCACUGGUUGUGGCUCCGACAUGCACCAUGGUUACCAGAAGUCUCAUGAAGGGUAUGCAUAUGCAUAUCGGAACGUCGUAGUUGUUCCUCUCCCAUCUGUCCCUGAAGAAGAAUUUAAGCCUGUCUUCCACGGGGACCCAAUCGAGCCGAUCCUGCACACACAGAUGAGGCACCACAUGUACAUGGGCUGCUCUGCUGGUUGGAAUCUCGGCUCGGCUCACCCGCAGCCACAGUGAGAGCACAGGGAACUUGAACAGAAGCGUCGCCGCGAUGGCGUACCAGAAGCCCACGUUUCCUUCCGACACACACCGAGGAAGACAUCAUCACAUACAAUGUGAGUUGGUGAGCUUUGAUUACGACUCACCGGCCAGGAGCAUAUUGAGCAGCACAGUCGUGUCCAACAGUGGUGUCUCCUCCUCCGCUUUGUCCUCGGUCGGCCGCCCCAGCAGCUCUAUCGCCGCAGCGAAGGACGACAGAUGUGUGCACGCACACUGGAUGGCGUGCGGCGUCACAGUCACCUCACAUCCAGCGUCCACAAACGAGUCCGACACCUCGUCGAAGUACAUACAGUAGGCUCUGCUGUGCUCGAGAUCUGACGGCUUCAGGGCCAUGGAAGAGGGCCAGAGAGGGAAAGACAUCAGCACAGGCGCGUCGGAUGUCAGGUUGACGCUGGGCAGCCGAACACCGUCGAUGAAAAUGUCGACAAUAACAAUCUCAUUCAGCACGAAGUCGGCUGGGUUGUCUUUGACCAAGAGUGGGUUCGCAGGAAUGGUGACCACGGUGGCGUGCAUGUUGUGGGGGAUUUGGGAACAGUUCCAUGCAGGUAGCAGGGCGAGACAUGCCGUCGUCAGAGUUGGGAUGGAGAGAGGUGAGAUCAGCACACGACCCUGGCAGCACAGAGAGAUCCAUGACAGGCACAGCGGCUCAGUGCGCCUCCCUGCCUUGUUUGUGUACUCACCCUAUUGAUGCCAUUCCUGACGUCGACGUCGGUGAUUAGCCUCAUGUAGAGCGAGAACUCCCCUGUCCUGUGCCAAAGAGGGAUGGAGUGCUCAUACGCGUAUGUCGUGAUGUUCCUGUAGGCCGAGUCCUGCAAUCACACAGCGAGCACCUCCAUAAAUGCACAGACAACGAAACUGGGCUCUCUCACCAUCAGAGACAUGGCGUCCAUUGCCACAGCGCGUGUUGCGUCGUCAACCAGGGAGUCACCAGACCGCUGAUCAGAGGGGAAGAUCUCGCCCGUGAGUGCCGACAUGCAGGCGGGAAGGUUCCUAAGCAGAAGUGCCGCAUUCUGCCGGGUCGUGGGCUCAAUCAGUUCCGUCAGUUUCGCCAGAUAGUGGAUGCGUGCUGUGUGCAUUAGGGCUUCUCCCGCCAGAUUGGCGAGCCUCUCGGCAGCCUCGCCAAUCAAAAUCUCAUCUUCGUCCCUGUUGGCUGGGAGGGGGUCCUUUGAUAUGCCUGUCAACAGCCCCAGCAUCUCGUCCAGGAGAGUGGCAACUCUAUUUCUCUGGAAAAUGACAAUCGAGGGAUGCUUGAUGAGCGUCUCACACGAAGCGAUCACUGCCGAGGCGAUUUCUGCCGAGUCAUCCGUCUUUUUCAUCUCGUCUAUCAACUCUUCGAUGUCCUCCAGCGUGACAUUGCGGUCAGCCAACGUCACCGCUGCAGAGGGGCAAAGAGAGGGGUUAUGGGCAUCCCAGCGUGGGUCACACAUGGCCACUAUCCGCCAGUCGAGUCCGUCUGUCUCUUCACACUCGAGAAAGCAAGUCGACCCGAGCGAGUCAGUGAGCUUGGAGAUGAUGUGGUAGUCGCCUGCUUGGAGGUGCACGCGGAGAGACGGCUCGAGGCGGUUGAAGGACAGGGUCUGUAUCUUGCUGUCCCCUGUGAUGGGGUAGGUGUCGGUAAGGUAGAGGCUGUAUGUGGAAGCACCGCUGACAGCUGCGGCGGGGUCGACCUCCCACCCAUACUGAUGGAUCAGCGCUGACGACGUGGUAUCUGAUGUCUCCACAUGCAACGAGCCCGCCAGCGGGAAGAGGGCGGCUCGGAUGCUGGUGCUCCACUCGAUGGUCUCAGGCUGGGCGACCUGGUUGAUGAAGUUAAUACGAGACAGCUUCACCUCAUAGAUUCAGGAGGGAUAGAGGUAGCCGGCAGGAAUGACGCCAGUGACAAUGGUGUGCUCGGCCGCUGAUGACGCCUGCUCAUAUGACAUGGUUGAAGGCUGUGCCUCAAUCAACAGCCCUUCAGAUGGGAAAGCCUCGACUUGUGUACGCUUGUAGGUUGUCACUGGGGUGAGUUUCCAUGCCAGUGCCAUGUCUCCCCUCACUUGCAGCGGAACAGAUAUCACCGAUCCGUUGAGCACCACAUCUGCGUGGGGGGACACCGGUCUCUCGAUGCUCCGGUCCAGUUGCCGGAAAGACGUUCAAAGCCGGACCGCGACACGUGCUGCUGCACCGUCACCGCCCCUCCGGCCACAGCGCCCUCCCCCAUCGGCUGACUGGCCUCGACGGCAAAAACAUAAAGACCCUCCCGCAUACCCGCGGUGUCGAGGGAGAAGGACGCCUCUGUGUCGUUGACAGACAUGAGGUCCCUCCUGAAGGCGGCCAUGUCGUCGCUCGGCAAGCUGAUGUGGUCAAUGCAGUCGUGUAGCGGCGCGUCCUGCUUCAGAGACCGCAGCAGCAGGUCAGGCGCUGAGUGGAAGGGCGUUGACCGCAUCGACGACACUGCAAAUGGGCGGCUGAGGGGCGUCCACACGCAGAACCAGUCGACAGUCAGCGGCUCGCCGAUGUGUUGGCUGGGGUGGGUGAUGUCCAUCACCAGCGUGACACUGCUCGAUGGCGAUGGGCGUGCCUGCAGGCGCAGCUGCAGAUGGGGGGCGGGAUACCUGUCCAUCUUGAUCUCAAAGGCGGUCCGACGGGUGCAGUUUGAUGAAGAUAUGUUGGCGUACACGUCAAACACCUGACCGAUGUAGUUGUCGCGGUUGCCGAAGACACCGUUCGUGUCGACUCGCAGCGCAAAUUUGUCCCGAGACAUGUCUUUGGCCGUCAAGUCGAUCACCGACUGCGCAGUGCGUGCGUAUGCUGUCCAAGUCACUUUGGCAUUCUCAUGGUUUGACGACUGGCCAGGAAACGCCCGCAACACCAUCUGGCCUGUCGGCGAGAAUGACAUUGUGCUGUGUGUUGUCCUGACGGAAGGCGCGGCAUCGGCGUGGCAGCACUUGUCCUUCAUCAGCACCACGGACACUUUGGUGCUCGCCGAGACACCGAGGUAGUUUGCUGCCGAUAUCGUCAUCACCAGCAGGCUGUCGUCAAGGCUGUUCUCCACCUCAUGUAUCUUCCGCAAAAGGCAUUGGAAAUCUCCAGUGUGGUGAAUGGGUCCCGCCAGCCUACACACAAGGAUACACACUGCAUACGGGACGCUGUGCUUGGCUUCCGCUUACCGGACGCCUGGCUGAGGGCGUCUGCCAUCUCGAUAGGCAAAGAGCCGCCACUUUCGACACCGAAUAUGUAGAAGACCUGCCGACCACCGCUCGCACCAGUGUAGAUGUCGAUGUGCAGGGGGGGAUCGCCACUGGCCUCAGAGCAUAGCGACACGCUGUCAGGCGCCGUCACUCUCAACGUCGGCACGAGUGUGUCCAUUGCCGCGCCCACAUCAAGUGUCGUCAUGUCCAUGGAGAUUAGUGCCGACCUGAUGGGCGUGUCGCGGGGCUUGAGUGUGGCGUUUUGUCUUGAUAUGGCGAGAAUGCAUCGCUUGUCGGGUGUGGCCCACACACACAGGGGCUUGCUGCCGAAGACUCCUAUGUUCUCGAUGGAUGAGCACAGCUCGCGGUCGAAUGGGGCGGGGAGGAUGGCCUCGAAGCACACCGUGGCUGUUGAAGGCGAAUAAGACGUCUCUGCGCUGGUCAGUCGGGGCGUGGGGUAGGUCAU